AUGGAGCCAAAAGAACAACUACCACCAAAUGGAAGCCAGACUGGUACUCCUUCAAAGACAACAACUUCUCCCAAUUCUUCAAAAGAGAAUUCUGUUGGUAGAUUGACUCGUCAAUCAUCAAUUCGAACACCGAUAGAGAGGGCUUUGCCUCUGCGCAUGACCAGCGAGGAGUUUGAAGCCUUUUCUCAACAAGUUGGCAAUAUUUCACUAGAAGAAGCAAAAGAUCACCUCCAAAACCUUGGUCCUGUACCUACACUACCUGAUCCCGUGGAGAUGAGCAACCGCAAAUUGAUAGAAAAAGAGGAAAAUAAGACCAUCAGACGCGAUUCUAUUAGCUUCCUGAAGCGUCGUACUUCUGAGCGCAAGACCAACCUCGGCACACCAAAUUUGACAAUUACAACCGAAAGUGUUAGAACCCCGCCAGCCACUUCUACCGCACCACCCGACUCCUCUACGUCCGUAGAUAUGGCUCCACCAGUCUUGCGUUCCAGCUCUCCCGCCAAUACGGCCGCUUCCCCUAGAACUCCUCAAUCCAAUGGAGUCCAGAUCAACCAAGCCCGUGGUGAACCGCUUACAAUGCAUAGUGGACUUGUUGGCACCUCUGGCCCGGCUUCAAGCGUUCAACAAUCUUCUACUAGCCAAGCUCAAGGAAAUGGACGUCUUACUCAUAAUAUUCUCCCUUCAUCUACUGGACCAGCUACACUAGCAUUCCCUCCUCGUGUUCCCAGCAUGACCCAACCUCUUGUAUCCCAAUCUCAAGGAGUACAUGGUUGGACCGCACCAGCCGCAACCACUGGUUGGGUCAGCGAUCCUUAUGCUGAAAACAACGGAACCCCACCAGCUUCGGCUGGCACGCGAGCCCAGGGACUAUCCUCUUGGCAGAAUCAGGGUGCUAGCUUGCCAAUUCCCCCUGUUGUACCAUCUCAGAACCAACCAGUCACUCUGGAAUGGUUGUACGCAGCCCCUAUUCGUUCUCCCAUUGCUUCCACAGCCAACAGUCGAGAGACAACACCUGAUCUUGUCUGGAGCAGUGAAGGUAGCCCCGAGUUCGAGCCAGGCAAGAGAAAGGCCAAGAUCUCCAACGUUAGUGAGGAGCUUGAACACAAGAAGUUGAAGCAUGAUGAUGAUGAUGAUGAUGAUGAUGAUGAAGGUGCUGAUCGUGAAGCUAAUCAUGAUGCUGAUCAUGGUGCUAAUAGCUCAUCUCCGCAACAAUAA